UUUGGUGAUACAUAUCUGCAAGACGCUGCAAUCGAAUUUUAUUCACAUGAAUAACUUCAGUUUUUUGUUGGGUUUUUUAUGUAUUUGUGUGGCGAAAACAAUGCAAGAAUUAAAUGUUGAGGAAAAUGAUCCUUGCAGAAGACCCUGCGAAAGAGGAUUCGAACCAUUGGUGUGUCAUUAUAAGUUCGAAAUCGAAUGGUAUUCCACGUUGGCCGAAGCUUGUAGAAACUGCCCGUUCAACGUUACGGAUUGCUUCAGACCGGGAUGCAUUCCUGGAGACGGAAAUAGAAGGAAAAUCGUUACCAUCAAUAAAAUGCUGCCCGGUCCGUCAAUAGAGGUCUGCCAAAAUGACACUGUUGUAGUGGAUGUUAUUAACAAAUUGGAGAACGAAGCAACUACCAUACAUUGGCAUGGCCAACUACAAAGGGCCUAUCCCUACAUGGACGGAGUGCCCUACGUCACUCAAUGUCCAAUAGAACCGUACACCUCCUUCAGGUACACGUUCAAGGCCACCCAAGCGGGUACCCAUUUCUGGCAUUCGCAUAUGGGCAUGCAAAGAGUCGACGGGGCCUUCGGUCCUUUGAUUGUACGCGUUCCUAAAGAAAAAGACUACCACAGCGACCUGUACGAUUUCGAUUUGUCGUCGCACACGCUGAUCAUCAGCGAUUGGGAGACCAAAAUCGGUGAAAUCGUUCUCCUCUCUCAUUUCUACUCCCAAGAGGAAACCUCUCCAGCUAGCCUACUGGUCAACGGCAUAGGUCGACACAAGACGUUUUACAAUGGUCGCAACAAGACCUUUGUACCCACUGCUCGAUUCGAUGUACAAAAGGGUUUUCGGUAUCGCUUUAGAGUAAUAAACAGUGGUUCCCUAAAUUGUCCAGUCGAAUUAACGGUGGUCAAACACGACAUCAUAAUUAUAAGCACUGAUGGUCAGGAUAUCAAACCAAUUAAAGCUAGUUCAUUGAUAAUGUAUGCGGGAGAGAGAUACGACUUUAUCUUGCACGCAAAUCAAAAGAGAGAUCUAUACUGGAUUAAGUUUAGAGGUCUUUUAAACUGCAAUACAAUUUACACGUCGGUAUUCCAAGUAGCUGUGCUGGAAUAUGCAGGUAUCAAUGCCGAACCAAAUAGUUACCCAUCUAAGGUGUUCUUCGGAUUUCCUCCCAGGAAUGGAAUCCAAGUAAAUCCUUUAAACGAAGGAAACGAAAGCAAUAACACCGUAGUGCCGGUGUCUCGUAUGGAAGCCAUCGAUGAUUGGAACGAGAGCUUGCAACUCAUCCCAGACUUUCAAUAUUACAUCGGUUUCGAUUUUAACAACAUUAGUUUGAGAAAGUUUCAGUGGCCACACAAAUCAAAUUUCAAAGUUAAAAAUCCCGUGAAAAUACCGCAAUUCAACCACAUUUCCUUCUUGAACCCCUCGAUUCCGCUGCUACCCCAAAGGGAUCAGUUGGAUGGCGAAAUCUUUUGCAACGACGAAAACCACCAAGAACAAAAUUGUUCUAAUGUACAAUGUCAAUGCGUACACGGUAUAAAAAUACCUUUAGGAGCAGUAGUGGAGCUGAUCUUCGUGGACGAGGGUUACACGUACGAUGGAGGUCACCCCAUCCAUCUGCACGGCUACGCUUUUAGGGUGAUCUCCAUGGAAAGACUGGGCAGUAGCGUUUCGGUGGAACAAGUAAAGAAGCGGGAUGAACAGGGCCUCAUCUAUCGAAAUCUGUACAACGCCCCUCUGAAGGAUACGGUUUCAGUACCCGACGGGGGGUACACUAUCGUAAGAUUCGUGGCGAAUAAUCCAGGUUAUUGGGUUCUACAUUGCCACAUAGAAAUCCACUUGGCUUUAGGGAUGACGAUGAUCUUGCAAGUGGGCGAGAAGAAGGAAAUGGUGCCGGUUCCGCGGGAUUUUCCUAGAUGUUAUCAAAGCGAACCCGAGUUUACCGUUAAUUUGGAUAGUUAUAAUGCAUCAGAGAACAGUGGAAGUUGGGUGACUAUCCAGACUAAAUUUGUUAUUGUGAUGUUGCUGUUGGUGUUAUAUGUGAUAUUUUGAUUAAAAAAAAGACAGUUUUUCUUGAUUAAUCUGGCGGAGAAAGGGCUAAUGUUAGUGGUCGAACAUUUAUCUCGUUGUUUUUUAGUUGUAAAUAUCGAGUUUUGUCAUUCGAGUAAUUUUCGAUUAUUUUAGCUUCACGUCAUAAGGUGAAUGUGUGCAAAACUGAUGUGAAUGUGCAAAUAAUUAUUUAAGAAAACAGCGAUAGUUAUCAAUUUUAUUGUUACUAAUUUAUUUUUAUAAGAGCCCUAACUGAAAAGGUACCCGAGCAGAAUCAGAAAUCGAUUGUAGAAAAUAUAUUACUGUUUCGGUCUUCCUCAAAAAAUAUUUUCGAAAAGGACAUUAUUAAUAUAGUUGAUAAAAAGAUUGGAAGGAUAAUAAAUAAUAUAUUUUGUACCAUCUUCUAGUGUGAAUCUCUAGAAGAAUUCUUAUUUUCUCUGUAAAAAUGUGUACAGUAAAUUGUAAAUAUCUAUAUUAUAAUUUUAUUUUAUUUCUAAAUUCGUUUAAAUUCUUCGAGUUUGUCGAUUUUCGGAAAAAAAUUUCAACAGUGGAUGAGAACAGAAACCCACAAUAGCUUUCGCGAAGUAAA